GUGACGUCAGGGGAAGCUCCGCCCAGUCCCGGCCGGACUCGGCUCCCGGGAACGCUUGGGUCAGCGAGAGCAGCGCAGCGCCCGGGCCGAGUCGGCAUCAGCUGGGGACGGAGUUCGGCGUCUGCGACGACAGCAGGAAAUAGUUCCUCAAAAUGGAGGAUGGGAAGCCUGUUUGGGCUCCACACCCAACCGAUGGGUUUCAGAUGGGAAUUAUUGUGGAUAUUGGUCCUGACUGCUUAACAAUUGAGCCUUUAACUCAAAAAGGCAAGACGUUUCUGGCUGCUAUCAACCAAGUAUUUCCUGCAGAGGAAGACAGCAAGAAGGAUGUGGAGGAUAACUGUUCUCUAAUGUAUUUAAAUGAAGCCACACUCUUACAUAAUAUAAAAGUUCGAUACAGUAAAGACAGAAUUUAUACGUAUGUCGCCAAUAUCCUGAUAGCAGUGAAUCCUUACUUUGACAUACCUAAACUUUAUUCUUCAGAUGCUAUUAAAAAAUACCAAGGGCGGUCACUUGGGACAUUACCACCUCAUGUCUAUGCUAUUGCUGAUAAAGCAUUUCGUGACAUGAAAGUGCUCAAGAUGAGUCAGUCAAUCAUUGUGUCUGGAGAAUCGGGAGCGGGCAAGACAGAAAACACUAAAUUUGUUUUACGGUAUUUGACUGAAUCCUAUGGAAGUGGGCAGGAUAUUGAUGACAGAAUUGUAGAAGCCAAUCCACUUUUAGAAGCUUUUGGAAAUGCAAAGACCGUUCGUAACAACAAUAGCAGUCGCUUUGGAAAAUUUGUAGAAAUUCAUUUCAAUGAAAAGAAUUCAGUGGUUGGUGGGUUUGUGUCACAUUACCUGCUGGAGAAAUCCAGGAUCUGUGUUCAAGGCAAAGAGGAGAGGAACUACCAUAUAUUCUACAGGCUUUGUGCUGGAGCCCCUGAAGAUAUAAGAGAGAAAUUGUAUUUAAGCUCACCAGAUAAUUUUAGAUAUUUAAAUCGUGGCUGCACUCGAUACUUUGCUACCAAAGAAACAGAUAAGCAGAUUUUGCAGAAUCGCAAAAGUCCUGAGUACUUGAAGUCAGGCUCUUUGAAGGAUCCUCUGCUAGAUGACCAUGGAGAUUUUAUCCGAAUGUGCACUGCAAUGAAGAAGAUUGGUUUGGAUGAUGAAGAGAAACUGGAUCUCUUCCGAGUAGUUGCUGGUGUCCUACACCUUGGAAAUAUUGAUUUUGAAGAAGCCGGGAGCACCUCUGGUGGUUGUACACUGAAGAACAGAUCUACUCAGUCGUUAGAAUGCUGUGCUGAAUUGCUCGGCUUGGACCAGGAUGAUCUGCGGGUCAGUUUAACCACCAGAGUCAUGCUAACAACAGCAGGGGGCACCAAAGGAACAGUUAUAAAAGUGCCCUUGAAAGUAGAACAGGCCAACAAUGCACGUGAUGCCUUGGCAAAAACGGUGUACAGUCAUCUUUUUGACCAUGUGGUGAAUAGGGUAAAUCAAUGUUUUCCUUUUGAGACGUCAUCCUUUUUUAUUGGCGUCCUGGAUAUUGCAGGCUUUGAAUAUUUUGAACACAACAGCUUUGAACAAUUUUGCAUUAACUACUGUAAUGAGAAGCUGCAGCAGUUCUUUAAUGAAAGGAUUCUCAAAGAGGAGCAAGAACUUUACCAGAAAGAAGGUUUAGGCGUCAACGAAGUACAUUAUGUAGAUAAUCAAGACUGUAUAGAUUUGAUUGAAGCAAAAUUAAUUGGUGUUCUUGAUAUCCUGGAUGAAGAAAAUCGCCUUCCCCAACCGAGUGAUCAACACUUCACUUCUAUGGUACACCAGAAACACAAAGAUCACUUCAGACUCUCAGUACCUAGGAAGUCUAAACUGGCUGUUCACAGAAACGUCCGAGAUGAUGAGGGCUUCAUAAUCAGACAUUUUGCAGGAGCAGUAUGCUAUGAGACAACUCAGUUUGUAGAAAAAAACAACGAUGCUCUGCACAUGUCCCUUGAAUCUCUUAUAUGUGAAUCCAAAGAUAAAUUCGUCCGUCAGCUUUUUGAAUCCAACACUAACAACAACAAAGACGCUAAACAAAAAGCAGGAAAACUUAGUUUCAUCAGCGUGGGAAAUAAAUUCAAGACUCAGCUAAACCUGCUGCUGGAAAAGCUCCGCAGUACUGGAUCUAGCUUUAUUCGCUGCAUCAAGCCUAAUUUAAAGAUGACAAGCCAUCAUUUUGAAGGUGCCCAGAUUCUGUCCCAACUCCAGUGUUCAGGCAUGGUGUCUGUGUUGGACUUGAUGCAAGGUGGUUUCCCAUCAAGAGCUUCAUUCCAUGAGUUGUAUAAUAUGUAUAAAAAAUACAUGCCUGCAAAACUGACCCGAUUGGAUCCUAGACUCUUCUGCAAGGCACUCUUCAAAGCCCUUGGUUUAAAUGAAAAUGAUUACAAAUUUGGAUUAACCAAAGUGUUUUUUAGGCCUGGCAAGUUUGCAGAGUUCGAUCAAAUAAUGAAGUCUGAUCCAGAUCAUCUCGCUGAGUUGAUUACACGAGUUAAUCACUGGCUAAUUUGCAGUCGUUGGAAGAAGGUUCAGUGGUGCGCUCUCUCUGUUAUUAAACUGAAAAACAAAAUAAAGUACAGAGCUGGUGCCUGCAUUAAAAUCCAGAAGACGAUUCGCAUGUGGCUAUGCAAGAGAAAGCAUAAACCACGCAUCGAUGGCCUAAUAAAGGUUCGCACACUGAAGAAGAGGCUUGAUAGAUUCAAUGAAGUAGUAAGCGCUUUGAAAGAGGGGAAAGCGGAGGUGAACCAGCAGAUCAAGGAUCUUGAAACGUCUAUUGAUGCCUUGAUGUCCAAGAUUAAGGCCACAGUAAUGCCUAGAGAACAGAUACAGAAGGAGUAUGAUUCCCUAGUUAAAAGCUCCGAACAGCUUCUGAGUGCAUUACAAAAAAAGAAACAGCAGCAAGAGGAGGCUGAAAGGCUUCAGCGCAUCCAGGAGGAAAUGGAAAGGGAGAGAAAGAGACGCGAGGAAGAGGAGCAGCGUCGAAAGAAGGAAGAGGAAGAAAGGCGACUGAAAUAUGAGAUAGAAGCAAAGAGAAAACAAGAGGAGGAAGAGAGGAAGAAAAGGGAAGAGGAAGAAAGACGGAUCCAGGCUGAAGUUGAGGCACAGCUGGCACGGGAACGCGAAGAAGCAAGCCAGCAACAGGCAGUGCUGGAGCAAGAGCGGAGAGAUCAUGAGCUCGCAAUGAGGAUUGCGCAGAGUGAAUCGGAACUCAUCACAGAUGAAUCUCAGCUAGAUCCAGGAUUACGCAGAGACCAUGGGAAAAGCUGUCAAAUGACUGCAGAACAAAUGGCCAGUGAAAUGUCAAACAUUUUAUCUAGGGGACCUUCAGUUCAAGCCACCAAAGCUGCAGCUGGCAUUAAAAAACAUGACCUCAGCAAAUGGAAGUAUGCGGAGUUACGUGAUACAAUCAAUACUUCUUGUGAUAUUGAACUACUGGCAGCUUGCAGAGAAGAGUUUCACCGGCGGCUAAAAGUUUACCAUGCUUGGAAAUCCAAGAAUAAGAAGCGCAAUGCAGAUGCAGAACAGCGAGCUCCCAAAUCAGUUACUGACUAUGAUUUUGCACCAUUUUUGAACAACUCAACUCAACAGAAUCCAACAAGUCAACUAUCUGCCAAACAGCAGGAGAUUGAAAUGAACCGGCAGCAGCGUUACUUCCGCAUUCCUUUCAUCCGUCCAGCGGACCAGUACAAAGAUCCCCAGAACAAGAAGAAAGGUUGGUGGUAUGCACAUUUUGAUGGACCAUGGAUUGCUCGGCAAAUGGAACUCCAUCCUGAUAAACCACCCAUCUUGCUAGUGGCUGGCAAGGAUGACAUGGAGAUGUGUGAGCUCAAUCUCGAAGAGACAGGCUUGACUCGCAAACGUGGUGCCGAAAUUUUACCAAGGCAAUUUGAAGAGAUCUGGGAGCGCUGUGGGGGCAUCCAGUACCUUCAGAAUGCAAUUGAGAGUAAACAAGCUCGGCCUACUUACGCAACUGCCAUGCUGCAGAACUUGUUGAAAUAAAGUGGUCACUUUGCACUGCUCGCAAAUGGCAGUUGAGAGCUCCUCCUACCUUAAUAAUAAAGGGAAGGGUUCCUCUGAGCAAUAGAGGACACUUAAAAUAGACAGAUAUUUAAUAUAAACAGGUUUUAUUAAUCAUGACGGUUUUUAAUUGUACUUCUGAAGCUUUUGUGUAGUGAAUUCAUUAGUUCUGUUGCUGUAAGCAAGUGUUUCGGUCACAUACAUGGUUUGCUUUUUGUCCAUAUGCUGAUUUUUCCAUGUAGUGUCUGUCAUAACACUAAGAGUACUAUCAUGUAAAGUAACACACUACCAGAUCUAAGCACAUGCUAUCAUAAACCACAUUUUGACUUCAUGUCAUAACAUACUUCCUUUUGACAGGAAGUUAAUAUCUGGAAAGUUAGUUUUAUUAGGAUAGUGUAGCAAAAAAAUAACACUGCAUCUUACAACUGGAAUUGUGAGGCCUUAACUUUAACUUCUUUUGUGGAGAAGUUGAAGCAAACUUUUAUAAGAUGAAAGACACGACGUGCUGAUUUUUGGAAGCUGCUUGAUACAUAUAUACCUUUUGGGCAAUGCAUUAUUGGGAAAUGUGUCUCAAGUAGAAUGCAGAUUUCACCACACUCUUGGGGAUCAGGAUGUGUGAGUUUGUAGUACUUUAGCAUUGGAGGCAUUGAAACAUUUGAAUUAAUAUUUAAGCAUUUCUUGUUGGUAUAUUUCCCCUCUUUAAACUUUCCUUUUUUACAACAUUAAUUUGUCGAGGCAAUUCAUUUUUAUUUUUCUGCACAAAAUUCUUGGAAAUGCUGUCUCAGUUUCUCCAAGUAAAAUUAAUUUAGAUACUAUUUUACAAAUAUUACCCAAAGUACAUCUCUAGCUCCUCUGAGGAUUGAAAGCAUAAGGGAAAAGUGUUCUGUUUUCCAAGGCUUCAGAGCCUGACUAGAAUUGUAUAGGCUGAAUUCAGUAGUUCCUUUUCUACUUCAAUCCGAUGCACAUAGAUUAGAUGGCUUCCGUCAGAAUUUUUCAAACCAUUGAUAAGUGGUGCAGCACUGAAACAUCUAAUUACAAACCUAUGGUGCUUCAAAUAGUUUAAUUUCAUAAAGUUAAAGUGAGCAAACUUUCUCUUCUAAUCUUAGAGACUCUUUUAGUAACUAAUCUCUCAACUUCAGGCUUUGUGGGUUUCUUUCUCCUUUUUUGUCACAAUACCCUUGAUGGUAAUUAAAAUUCUUAUGUAUAGGGAUUUCUUGUAUCACACAGAUUUAAGUUGCCUUUACUGAUAAAGCUGGAUAGCCCCAAUGCUGGCGAGCAUCAACAGAUUAAGUCCUUGCUGUUAUCUCUGUGUUAGGAGCUCUGGGGAAACAAUUCGGGGGGGGGGGGGGGAGAACGGGGGGGGGGUCACUUUGGAGAAGUGAACAACAGUGUUCAUUAUUAUAUUUGAAAGUGUAAUUACUUUCCUGGGCUCUAAAUAUUUAAAACUUCAGAUAAAUUUUCUCUAGUCACUGUUAUUGCUGCUUUAUGGCAGAACCAAUUCAUUGGCAAAGCUAUUCCCCACACUUUAGUAACUCUAAAUAGAGUGGCUGGCCUCCCCUGUGACUGUCAGAGGUUUUUGUUUGUUUUUGAGGGAGAGCGUUGAGAGAGGAACAGCUGGGAUAGCAUGUAAAUGCUGAAUGUAUUUUUAGGCUUGUAGUCUUAUUAGAGAUGAGAACUGAUGAGCAUGCCAGAAAGGUAACCAGUUCUAGCACAUGGCCUAGGAAAUCAGUCCACAGUUCCAAAAUUGUUGGCAGAUGGUCACCAUCAUGUGUAAGGCUUCACUCAAGCACUCACCCCCCUCCCCCACACAAGAUUUAAUUGACACUGCCAAAUAUGACAAUACCAACUGAGGUCCAACAUGCACUUUUGAUCCAGCAAUAGGAACCAUGGCUUAGGUGCAAAGAAUGUCUUCCCCAUUGUGCAGUGCAUUCUGUACCAGAUGGCAGGGUAUAACUGUGUUAAUAUAAUUUGUAAAUAACUAAAGGUACUUCUGCUUUAUUAAGUUGUAGGCUCUAAUGUACACCCAUUUUGUCACUGUUGUAAUCCCCCAUGCAACACAGCUAUCAUUCUGAAAGAUCUCCUAACCCUUGGGAGUGGGGUUUUUGAGAUGUGAGCUGGAUGCUGCAGAGGGAAGAGAGUGGGAAAGUGUGUUUCUCAACCAGAAUUCCCUUUAUGGAUCUUAAAAUGCAGGCCAAUCUGCAGAACCCUUCUUGUUUGGGGUUCUAGCGUGUUUCUUCUUUCAGUGCUUUUGCAUAUAUGAUACUUGGUACAGAGGUAAACUGUGCCCAGAAGUUUACUUCUGCAUCUGGAGAAUCAUUAUCCUUAUUAGAUCAUGAAGAUAAAAUAUGAUUUGAGUGUCCUAAUAAAUCAAAUCCUCAAGCUCCUAUGUAAUAGGUUAUGUGUGAGAGAUGCUAGUUUAAUAAUGAAACCACAGGCUUCACAUAUUUCUCUAAUACUUAACACUGUCUCUUUUGUUUGGUUGCAUUUUUCUUGCCUUAUUUGUUACAAUUAAUGACCCCACAUAUUGUUAAAACAUUGGAGAUGUUAGCCCCAACUGAGCUUUUAAGGCAAUGAAGAACGGAUUCAGUGUUACCAUGUGAGAUUUUUCCACCUCUCCCAAUUCCCUAUUUAGAUAAAAUGAAAAUGCAUUUUGAAUGAACAAAAUUCUCCAUAUAUUAAUUGUGAUCUGAUGUUUUCUGUGUCAUCCUCAUCUGGUAUGUUGGACAAAGUAUGCAUAGGGACCAUCUCUUACAGUCAAACAGUACCUCUGUCAGAGAUGGUGGACCUGUAUAGAAAUUUUAGAAUGGAUCCUGAGAUCUGGGAAUGGCACCUCCUUCUGCUACAGCUUAAAGUGUGGCAAGGUGGGGCUCAUAAAUGCAAGGCAAUACUGUGCUGAAGUGUUUGGGGGGGGGGGAAUCUGUGGAAUUCAGGGACUUUUCCUUGUGCAAGUAGAAAUGCUUCACUCGUACAGCAAGGCUUUUGGACAUAAUACUGUUUCUUUUUCCUAAUUAACAUCCUUUCUGGCCAUUACUUGUGUGUUUAAAAGGGAUAGGCUAUGGUUUAUAUAUGUGUGAAGCAUUCAAAAUUGGUUUGUACUUGAGUGUAUUGAACCUGUGUACAAAAUAUCUUUUAGAAAGUAAUCUUUAAAUCCAACACCAAAUAAUGUCUGGUAUUACCUCGGAAAUAGUUGGAUUGGUGAAUGCCACACUUUCAUCCCCACAUGAACUGGCAUGACACAUCAACAUGAGAAAAUUAAUAGAGAACAGUCAUUUAUUUCUAAAAGAAAAUGUCCUGAGUUUUCUGUUGCAGAUAGAAGUUAUCUCUUGCUUUCCCAUUACUUGUGUUUCGUGUAAAUGCCCCAGUAUCAGCUAAAGUAUACAUGCACAAAUGUCACUUGAUCGCCCUUGGACAUCCUGUGUUUCAGGAAUUCUUCCUAUGGCAUUUGACCUGUGAUAGCUCUUUUACAUGUGCAGGUUGCAGUUGUGGGGUGAUGAAUAUGCUGUCAUAGGAUGUAAUGAUCCUAGUCAGCCAGACCUCUGCACAACAUAAUACCAUUUACAUUCCACUGGGAAGCUGCUUAUCUUCUGUAGUUCGCUGUUUUAUCUUUGCUAUUUUCCAUUAAAAUAUAGCAAGAACAUUAUCAAAUGACCUUAAUUAUGUACUGAAUAUUGCAGCAAAAUAAAUAGUUUCUUGAUC